AUGGUCGGCCCCGCGCGCGAGAACGUGCUCACCAAGGCCAAAUUCCCCUCGGCCUUUGGGAAGCGCAAGACGCAGGCGUACUCGGACAGCUCGCGCGGCGCGCAAAGCCGCAACCUACGCACCAUCGACUGGAACCCGCUGGGCACGCUCGUCGCCACCGGCUCGUCAGACCGCACGCUGCGAGUCUGGAACCCCGAGAAACCGCAGGUCAAGAAUUCGACCGAGCUGCGCGGCCACGCCGGCCCCGUCGAGCGCGUCGCCUGGAACCCCACACGCGAGGCCGAGCUCGCCAGCUGCAGCGCCGACGGAACCGUCCGUUUCUGGGACGUGAGGAGCAAGGCCGCCGUGGGCAAGGUCGAGGUGGGAGGCGAUGCCUUUACGCUGGCCUGGCGGCCGGAUGGGAGCGAAUUGGUGGUCGGAAGGAAGGACGAUGUGCUUGUCCCAAUCUCGCGUUCCACGUUUACGGCCCUACCCGCGCAUCGCCAAACCGUCCAGACGAACCAGACAGCCUUUUCUUGGACCGGCCAGGAGCUCUUUCUGACCACCGGGGAAGGCCAGGCCAAGAUUGUUGACUACCCCUCCAUGAACAUCCUCCACGUCCUCAACGCGCAUACCUCGUCCUGCUACUCGGUCGAUUUCUCGCCAACCGCCGAGUACCUCGCCGUCGGCGGCUCCGACGCGUUGAUCACGCUGUGGGACACGCGUGACUGGAUCUGCCAGCGCACGCUGACCAGCAUGACGGGCCCCGUCCGCAGCGUCAGCUUCUCCUUCGACGGCUGCUAUCUCGUCGGCGGCUCGGACGAGGGCGCGGGCAUGGAGAUCGCCUACGUCGAGACGGGCGAGUGCGUGCACAAGAUCGAGACGCCGUCGCCGACGCCUUGCGUCCAGUGGCACCCCAGCCGCUAUGUGCUGGCCUACUCGGAUGCUACCGGCCUGAAGAUCAUCGGUGGCACGGAGCGGUUUUGA